AGCUUCUGCAGUUUUAUUUUGUUUUAUCUCUAAAACAAAUAUAGAUAAUAUAUGAAUAACAUUCCGCUUGUUUUUCUUAUUGAAACCAUGACAUCAGCACUUGUUUAGGCAUAUUCCAUUCCCGCCCAUAUCACGUCGUCACUGCUGGUAUAAACAGCGCUGGAGCAUUAGUGUCAACUUCACUCCGUGUGAAGGCACUUCUUGGCGUAAAAGGGGAAACACGGUGGAGUGGCGGAGCUCAGGCGGUGGGGGCGAGAGCAGAUUCUGGGAGAAGGAGAUCAAAGCGUAUUAUGAGAAGUGAUCAAAGUAUUUUGAGAACUCUGCUUGGUAUUUUUCUGACAAUUGGAUACAGUUCAGCUGUUGUGGAGUUUAAUGUCCAUGCCCCAGACACACUGGUCACUGCUGUCUAUGGCCAGUACGUUGUGCUAAGAUGUAGCUUUACUGUUCAGCAUGGAUCUUCAUCACUACAACAAUUGGUCAUCAGUUGGCAACGUGUUGAGACUGAGGAAGUUGUGUACAGCUAUUAUUAUGGAAAGGAGCAACUGAGUCACCAGAGCUCCCAGUAUUCAGGGAGAACAAGCUUAUUCAUGGAAGAAUUAAAGCGAGGGAAUGCUUCACUGAAACUGAGCCAAGUGAAACCAGAGGAUGCUGGACAAUACAAGUGCUUUGUUAGUGACACUGUAGGAAGUGGCUGGGGCACUAUGUCCCUAAUGUUUGCAGCAUAUUACAAAGAACCUGACUUAUACAUCCAACUAAGACCAUCUGGGACAGUUUUCAGAUUUGAAUCUCAAGGUUAUCCCAAGGCAUAUGUGUCUUGGUACAAUGAAGACAAUGAGGAUAUUUCUGCUCAGUCUGAGACUUAUUACCAACAAAGUGACAAUGGCUUAUACUCAUUGUGCAGUAUUCUGGAAAUUACUGAUUCCAAUAGAAGUUUGAAUUAUACCUUUAAGUUAAUGAAUAAUGUACUACACCAAUUAUUUUCUCGAACAUUUGGCCUUUCUGUAGAAACGAAAACUGCUGAAGUUUAUACAAGAAAUCGAUGGUCACUUGCAAUCUCUCUCCUUUUUGCUGAAUUCAUAAUUAUUUUAAUUCUUGUGACAAUUGUAUCCUAUAAACACUUGCCGUCUCAAAUCAAAAGCAAAAACAGUAUUUCUGCUACAGGAUGUGAUGGAUCAUUCAGGAAUGUGUAAAGUGUCUGCCUUGCUGAAACAGUUCUGAAGAUAAAUGGAAUUCCUGCAUACUUCUGCCUUGUCUACAUGUUGAACGUCAUUUUAACUUUUCCAAACAGUUGCUAAUCAGAUGCCAACAGUUCUGGAAAUGUGGGGUUUUCAGUAACAGGUGGCAUGGUAGCUCGGUGGUUAGCACUCCAUGCUCUCAGUACUGGGAAUUGAGGUUUGAUUCCACACUUGGGUGACUGUGUGGAGUUUGCAUAUUCUCCCUACGUCUGUGUGAGUGUCCAUUGGGUGCCAUAGUUUCCCUCCACAAUCACCAAAGGUGUGCAAGUUAGGUGGAUUGGCCAUGCUAUAUUGCUUCUUAAAUCCCAGGGAUAUGCAGGUUAGGUGUGUUAGCUAGCUAUGAGAAACAUAGGGUAGGGGGCUGGGUUGGGGUGGGAUGCUGUUUAGGCAGUCAGUGGAAUGCCCUGUUUCCAUACCUUAGGGAUUCUGUGAUCUACAAGCUUGGGGAACCUAGGGUAUCAACCCCUUUGGGACACAAGAUUUGACAGACUGGUAUGUGACUGGGUUUGGGUAAGAAACAAAAAAAAUGUUCCAUCCAAGAGUGAUGGUCCGAGAUGUGUGUGAUCAGGGAGAACCAAUCUGAUAUUGGGUAAGACAUGCAGUUGAGGAAUGUGAGGAUGAUUUUUGAUUUCAAUUACACAGUAAAAUAUUAAUGACUUUAAGGAAGUGAAUGUUGCCAAGUUUGCAGAUGAGACAAACAUAGGUGAGAUGGCAACUAUCAGGGAUAACAAAGAAUCUAUAGAGGCAUAUAAGCAAAUUAAGUGGGCAAAAACUUGGCAGAUGGAAUAUAAUGGGGGACAUUGUGCUUACCCACUUUGGCACGAAGAUUAGAGGAGCUGCAUCCCAUUUAAAUGGGAAAGACUACAUCAAGCUGCAGCAUGGAGGUCUGGGGAACUUUGUGCACGGUUAAUGUCCAGUGGAUAUUAGGGAAGGCAAAUGGAAGUUUGGAUGGGGUCUUGAUGGAAAUAAAUUUUUGUAGGGCUGUUCUGACAGUGUGCAACUGACUGGAUCACCCUUUGACAGAGAAUUGGCAUAGACUUGAUGGACUGAAUGGCAUCUUUCUGUGCUGUAAACAAUGCUAUAAUUGAAUAUUUUUUGUAUUUGUAAUCUCAAGCACUUUAUUCUUGUUUGAAUAACUGAGCAAAUAUAUUUGCUCAAUCAGGAGAGAAAUGUUAUUUAUAGAAAAGGAAAUAUCUAUAAAAUACACAAAGAAUUGCACUUUAUCAUUUUUUUCCUUUUUUUGUGGCAGUGUGUAUUUCAGUUCUGACUUCCUUUAUAUAUAUCUCUGAUUUGAAGCAUCCCCUGUACUAUUAGCCCAAUUACCCCAUAAAUUCUAUAUUUCCCUCUUGACACCUCUCCUUCAGGACACUCUGUAAAACCUAUCUCUUUGACCAAGCUUUUAGUACCAUUUUUUUUUUCCUCAUACUUUGAUAACAUAAAUGUGUUUUGUGAAAUUCAUUAACACUUAAUUCCAAUUGAAGAUAUGAAAUGCAAGCAGUU